UGUCGGAGCCAAGUAUGUAUAUGUACCUAGGUAUAAGAGAAGUAGCUGGGUAUAAGUAGCUUCGAUCCCGGCAGCAUCUCCUCCCUUCCCUGUCGUGGUGUUCACGCGGGACUACUAGUACUUUCCCACGAUGUCCUGGUCUCAAAAUGGCGUGUAUUGGCGUCGACCGCUCGACUGCCAUGACAAGAUGUUUCAAUCCAUUGCCAAUGCCGGAAAACCUUUAGGUCGAGAACAUUGGCUCUUGCUGGGGGUUGUUCGGCUCUCGUUCCCACCCUCAAUCAACAAAGCAGAAACGCGGCUUCGCGACGCUUGGAAAUCUCUGCGCCUCCGUCACCCAGAUAUUGCGACGGAGUUACACACUGAUGAGAAACGAUAUACCCCUCCUAGAAAUAUCGAAGUUCUAGAAAUGUGGGCAACUGAUACUUUCCAUGUUGAAUCGGCCGUUAGCUCCGCCGACGAGCUCUUUUCUCGCCAUCUUAGGGUGGCUGGGGAUACUGCGACUUGUCAUUGGGUCCCUGAAAGUAGGGAGCUUGCUAUUGUUUCAUCGCACUGGCGAUGCGAUGGACGCGGCAUGAUGAUGACUUUGCACGAAUACUUGCUAGGGUUGAUGCCAAACGAUCAACAGCCAAAGUUACCUUCAUUUGGAUGUGAAGUGAAUGGCCUGGCGCCAUCAUUGGACGUGUUGAUGAACGUACCGGGUGAUAAGAACGCGGAAUGGCUGCGUAAGGCCGAUGACCUGAUCGCCCCUUGGCAUGAAGGACCACCGUCGAUUGGAUUACCUGCAAUGAAAGGGAUAUACCCGGGUGACACUCGUCGCAUAGAAGUAAGAGUAUCACGCAAUGACACUAAAUCACUGCUAGAGUCGUGUCGUGCUCGGCGUAUUCGUCUGACGGCCGCACUUUUCGCUUCUGUUGUGAUGGAGACAGCGCACCAUCAGGAGCCGCAUGUGGCGGCCACGACGAAAUACAAAUCAUGGGCGUCCUUCGAUUUGAGGAAAUAUUGUCCAGAAACUCCCCAUGGCCUACCUCACGCACAUUCGUUACGAAUGUUAGCACUUCCGCUGGUUGUUGAUGCGAAUACCGACUGGCCCUCAUUAGCAACAUCUAUGCAAUCUUUGAAUUCGCAAUCAUUUGCGCCAGGAGAUAGCGACUUGAUGUUCGUACGAGUACCGUAUGUAGAGAAGGUUACGAAGAUGUUGGAGAAGGCAAUUCCCACAACAGAGCCCAAUCUCAGCAAUCUUGGUGUAAUGGAUAAUUAUGUGCAGACGCAAUAUGGCGUUAUCAAGGUUGAUAAUCCUUGGAUAGCAGUCCAAAUGCUGUCGUCCCAAUUAUGGUUACACUCUUGGAGCUGGAAUGGAGAACUACACAUAAGUAGUUGUUAUAAUGAAGCCUUUUAUGAAGCUGAUUUCGUUAGGAAAUGGUUAGAGGGUUUGGUUUCAAACUUAUUGAUGAACCUCGAAAUUAAGAGACAGAUCGGAUAG